GACGUCACCCGCAAGCCCGAGAGCAAGCCCGCGCCGAGACUCAGGCACGCCCUUCCGGUUCUGGCCACGCCCCUCACAGCCACGCCCCCACCCGGCCCCGGCACCGCCCAUCUCCGGCGCCGACAGACCCGUGGACAUGGCGAACCAGGUUAUCAAGUGCAAGGCCGCAGUUGCCUGGGAGGCUGGAAAGCCUCUCUCUAUUGAGGAGGUAGAAGUAGCACCCCCAAAGGCUCAUGAAGUUCGAAUUAAGAUCAUUGCCACUGCACUUUGCCACACUGAUGCCUAUACUUUGAGUGGAGCUGAUCCUGAGGGGUGUUUUCCAGUCAUCUUAGGACAUGAAGGUGCUGGAAUUGUGGAAAGUGUUGGUGAAGGAGUUACUAAGUUUAAGGCAGGUGAUACUGUCAUCCCGCUUUACAUCCCACAGUGUGGAGAAUGCAAAUUUUGUCUAAAUCCAAAAACAAACCUUUGCCAGAAGAUAAGAGUCACUCAAGGGAAAGGAUUAAUGCCAGAUGGUACUAGUAGAUUUACUUGCAAAGGAAAGACAAUUUUACAUUACAUGGGAACCAGCACAUUUUCUGAAUACACAGUUGUGGCUGAUAUCUCAGUUGCUAAAAUAGACCCUUCAGCACCUUUGGAUAAAGUCUGCCUUCUUGGUUGCGGCAUUUCAACUGGGUAUGGUGCUGCGGUGAACACUGCCAAGGUGGAACCUGGCUCUACUUGUGCAGUCUUUGGCCUCGGAGGAGUCGGAUUGGCAACUAUCAUGGGCUGUAAAGUUGCUGGUGCAUCCCGGAUCAUUGGUGUGGACAUCAAUAAAGAUAAAUUUGCAAGGGCCAUAGAAUUUGGAGCCUCCGAAUGUAUUAAUCCCCAAGACUUCAGUAAACCCAUCCAGGAAGUGCUCAUUGAGAUAACUGAUGGAGGAGUGGACUACUCCUUUGAGUGUAUUGGUAAUGUGAAGGUCAUGAGAGCAGCACUUGAGGCAUGCCACAAAGGCUGGGGUGUCAGCGUGGUGGUUGGAGUAGCUGCUUCAGGUGAAGAAAUCUCCACCCGUCCAUUCCAGCUGGUGACAGGUCGCACAUGGAAAGGCACUGCCUUUGGAGGUUGGAAAAGUGUAGAAAGUGUCCCAAAGUUGGUGUCUGAAUAUAUGUCCAAAAAGAUAAAAGUUGAUGAAUUUGUGACUGGCAAUGUGUCCUUUGACCAAAUUAAUGAAGCUUUUGAACUUCUGCAUUCAGGAAAGAGCAUUCGAACUGUUGUUAAGUUUUAAAUUCCAAAACAGAAAAAUCCCAUUCCUAAGUCUUGUGAUCUGAUGGAAACAGCCAGACCAGCGUUUUCCAAGCUCAUAGCUUCUUGGGCCUUCAGUUAACUAUUCGAGGGAAUAGUAUUACUAGGUAUAAUUCAUAAGUCUGCAAUCAAGGACAAGGCCAAUACAGUCACAGAUCUAUUUUCUAGACUCUCCUUCACAUAAAUAAUCAUAGCUCACUAAUAUUACAACAUAAUAAAAGUAAUUUCUAGCAAUUAUAAGUUGUCAUUUCUUUAUACUACAUUCUUCAUGGUUCCUCUGCAUAAUAUCUUCAUUCUGUAAAGGAAAGUUAAAAGAAACUGGGCAGUGCUGCUUUUUUCCUUUUGUCUUGUAUUCAAGAUAUAUGUGAAUACUAAUGGCAAACAUUUUCAUGUUCAAUAAUAAAUGACAGAGCAGUUUUAAUAUA